AUCUUAGUUGAAUUUUUCAUUCUACCAGUAACUCAGUACCACGUGACCGUUUUCCUCUCUCUCUCUCCUGCUAGAAUCCUUCACAUGUCUCUUUGUCUUCAUAGUUCAUACGAAUUGUCACUUGUAUAUUGUCGUUUUUUUUACCUUGGUAAGCGAAUGUUGAAAAAUAGUGAGUGGUGGUGACAUCAAAGGCUGUCUUUCAAAACCGAAGAAAAUGGGAAGAAUCUUCACGGUGGAGCUGGAGGGCAGGUCCUACGGUUGCAAGUCCUGCAAAACCCACCUAGCACUUGCUGAUGAUCUCAUCUCUCGGGCAUUUUAUUGCCAGCGGGGAAAAGCAUAUCUUUUCAAUAACGUUGUGAACUUCACGAUUGGAGUGCUAGAGGAAAGGAUGAUGCUUUCUGGACUGCAUACUGUGGCAGAUAUCUUUUGUUGUUGCUGUGGUCAAAUUGUUGGCUGGAAAUAUUUGCAAUUUUCUAUCAGGAGUCUGCACAUGAGAGAAGCCAAAAGUAUAAAGAGGGGAAGUUUGUUCUUGAAAGCAGAGGAAGGAUUGUUGAUGAAAUUGAUUUCACCGCUGAAUUCCAUAUUGAGAGCUGCGUCAGCAUGAGUGAUGCUGAAGAUGCUUAAUCAUAUUAAAGUAUUCUGUACUUAUCAGAUCCUGUGAAAGGAAUGGGCAGUCUUUUAUGUAUGAAAAUAAUGUAGAACCAUGGAAAUGUUCAGAAUCAAAAUUUGUUAUGCAAUUUCGUAGUAAUAGUUUCCUAGUAAUAGUAGUUAAAAGAACUAGAAUUCUCAAUGGUAUUUCAUCUUUGUAAACAGAAAGAGAUGAAUCAGUUGUUUC